GGCCUCCUUUCACUCCCAGGAACUAUAUUUCUUAUUCCUGAACUGGCAGGACGAACCCGCCCACUGUCACCUCGUAGCUCUAUAUAAGACGGCCAAAGGCCCUGAUGAUAAGAACUCGGUCUCAAGACAAACCCAGCCAUGCGGUCUAAAGUCCUCGUCUGUGUUGUCCUCCUUACUCUCGUAAAGCAUGCGUCUUCAAGUGAAAUUCAGGCCAGGCCAAAUACAAAUGCAACGCUCCCCUGCAACGUGACUCUCGAAGCCUUUACGGACAAGUCUCCAAUCACGGUUAGCUGGAUGUUUAAUGGCUCCGAUAUCGCCGCGUUCAACAGCUCUUCCGGGCAGGAGGUAAAGGAUGGAUUCAGCUGGAACACCGCUGAUUUCGUCAAUGGGGACUUUUCCCUCACCAUCCUCAAAGCCAGCAUCGGCCUGCAGGGAGUCUAUGAGUGCGAAGUCAGAAACAAGUACACACUUCUACACUCCAGCAACGUUACAUUUACUAUCCUCGUGUCUCCGUCCCUCUCAGUGCCUCAGCAAUGGGUGGUUUUAGAACAAGAGACCCUUCUGGAAUGCCAUGCAGACGGAUUCCACCCUCCUCCUGUCUUUUUCUCCUGGACCAGAGAUGGGGAAGUGUUAAAGGAACCCUACCAGGUUGAAGGUGAACUGGCUCCUAACGGGUACUACACAGCUGUGGGCAACAUGACCAUCUACCCUUCACGCAGGGACCAGAAUGCGAUCAUCACCUGCAAAGUGUCACACAGUGGCACCGAUCACGAGCUGAAUUUCCAUCUGAAUAUCACCUAUCCUUCCUCAGUCAAACUCGCUGCAGUGUCACCAAAAGCUCCCAACACUCCUCUCACUCUCUACUGCGAUGUGGAGGAUUUCUACCCGGAGGAAGUGUCUGUGUCCUGGUUUCAAAAUGGCACUGCCCUCCCCGAACCUCCCAUCCUAGACAAGAGCCCAGACGGGACUCUCAGAACCAGGCGCUAUUAUACUUUGAGCCCCAAGCAGAGGGCGCAGGGUGGGAAGGUGGAGUGCGCAGUGAGCCAGCCUGGGCUGACGCUUCCUACCAGUGACUCAGCAUACCUGGACAAACUCGAUCCUCAAGAUGAGCCCCUGGUGUUGGACAAAUCAGCCAAAGCUGCAGUGGCUAUGAUGUGUAUAUCUAUAGUACUGGUCUUCCUGCUUUGCUUCGGCUUCUCUUGGAGGAGAAGAGAUGAGAAACAGAAGUCUCUGAUGGUGUCAGGGAUCAUCCUCCCUCCACGGGUGAUCGUAGGUCAAAAGGGCAGAGUGACAGUGAGCAUUGAAGGCAGGAGGGUGGACCGUGUCCAGACCGCGUGGUUUCUCAACGACACCCCCAUCUCUGAUACCUCGCUCACAGCGUCAGAGAAAGGUCCUCUCCUGUCCUCCAGAGGCGACAUGGGUUACUACAAGCUGCGCACCGAGGGCCCACUGCACUCGUCCAAAAACGGCACUCAGCAGCUGAUCUCGUCGCUCACCUUCAUCCCUCAGAUUUCACUGCACAAGGGCUCUGUGUUUAAGUGCCACGUGUUCUACGUGGGCAAGGACAAGAUUGUGGAGGAGAGGGUUUCCGAGAAGUUUACUGUCCUGUCUCCCCCAGAGGUAUCGGAAAUACAGCUGGCAGAGACGCAAAAUGACUCAGAUGUCAUCGCCAUGACAGUCCGAGCAUCGCAUUUCCACCCAGAUGUCAUCACCUUCCGCUGGUUCUGCCAGGGCGGCGAGCUCAGCCCCGUGGCGUCCCAGGCCUCGUCCUCCCCCCGGCCUAAUUCUGAGGGUUUCUUUUCCGCCUCGAGCCAGUGUAAACUGCCCCGCAGUGAGCUGGAGAAGGGAGCCACUAAAGUGUGGGUCAGUGUCCACCACAUUGCCCUGAAGCAGCCGGUGACCCGCGAGACCAGAGGCUUCAUCAAGAGGCCUCACGUGUCUGAGAUCGUCAGCUACUCCUCUGAUAAGACUUCAAUGCUGGGAUGCGAAAUCACGGAUUUCUUCCCUCCGAACAUAUCCGUCACUUGGCUGAAGCUCAGAGCGGGAGAGGAAGAUGACAGAGAGGAGGAGGUGUUGGAGGGAGGGGAGUUGUGGGGCCCCAUCCAGACUCAUCCCAGGCUCUACAGGGCCACGGCCACUCUGAAGAGAAAGGCAGCAAAUGAGAAAAUGGACAGGAGAGGAGGGAUUAUCUGUAGAGUGGAGCACUGUUCCCUACACGAGCCUAUUGAGAAAGUCUGGAGAAAUGCGCUCAUCGCAGCUCCCUUCAUCCCUCCGUCGAUCUCGGUGUGUUGGAGCAGCGAAGGCGUCGGCGUGUUCUCCCUCUUGCUGAAGGGGGGCCACCCUAAGGCCAAGUUGCUAUGGGCAGCGGGAGGGGCCACUCUGUCGCCGAUGGAGUCCAGUGAGACGGAGGAGAUAGGAGAUGACGGGCAGAGGGAGCUGAAAAGCGUGUGUGCGCUGGAGAGGUCCACGGUGAACCUGCCAAGUCAGACCAACAAACAGCCGGGGAGGAAGAAGAACGGACACGCAAUAAAGACAAAAGCAGCGGUCACAGACCCUUACACCGAAGGAAUCGAAUACAUCGACGAAGCAGUGGACGGGGAAAACAACAUCUGCAGGGACGAGGACACGAUGUCUGAUGAGAGCGAGGACAGUGACAUGGGACGGGAGGACAACCGGGGCGCGCUGCACAUCAACAGGGUCAGCCUGAGGAGGGGUCCCAGAGAAAGUGAGACGGCACGUUUCAGAGUCUGUGUGGAGAUCACACACCCGGCACUCGAGCUUCCUGUCUACAGGACCUGGACAGACGCCGUUUUGACUUGGAAACAUCCAGCGUCCAGUCAGUUGCAAUCAGAAGGCCACAGAGAGUCAACGGGGAGAAGGUGUGGAGAGAUGGACCCCGAGAGUCCACUUUCCAGGGUGGAGAGGACUAUGUGGACAGUCUGGUAUUACAUAACUGGAGCCGUGAACAGAUUCCUCAGGUCAGAGCCUGCUGACACUCCCAGCUAUGACCCAGACGGCCUUCAGGAAUCUGCAGUGGACAGCAAGCCACCUGAAUGUGGCCAUGCAGAGGACACUAGUGACACAGGCGGAGGGGUAGUCGAUGAGGAACAGCCUCUUGCUACAGCCCCUCAUCUGAGCUUAUCUCAGCCUGUUGUGGCCUGGGACAUUUGCACCACAGAUAUCAGCUUGGGCUCCGAUGAAGAGCACCUGCAGCAUGAAACCCAGCUAAGAAGAGGCAGCGAGAGCAAAGAAUCUGAAGGGGGCGAGGGCACGAUAGAGGAACAGUCCGGCCAAGCAGGAAAUGAUAAAGCAGGGCUGCUUGUUGCUAAAGAUGCAAGUGCAGAAGUAGACGAACGAGAGAAAACAGAGUUCGGAAUACUGUACACUCAUAGGCCAGAUGAGACUGAAAAUGACCAACAUGUGAAUACUGGGACGCAGAAUGCCAUUAGUGAAGACAUGGAGAACAGUGAAGGAGAAGCUGAGGCUGAGGAGGAAAUGGUGAGCAGGAUGGAACCAGAUAUUCUCAGAAAAAUGGAAGAUACCGUCACAGAGAUCCAACUGAAAGAAGAAGACGAUAAAAUGCAUUCUGAAGAUGAUGAAGAAUUUGAAGGAGAGGACAAUGAGGUAAAACUGUCCACAGAUUUGAGCCAAGAAGACGUGGGUAACAUGCACCAGGCAGCUGUACAAAGGGAUGAUGCAGUUACAGUGACACAGGAAGAAGGUGUCUUACAGCUGAACAAGUCUGCCGAGAGGCCUACACAAGUUGAAGAGGACUUGGUCAGUGAAGGAGAAGCUGAGGAUGAGGAGGAAAUGGUGAGCAGGAUGGAACCAGAUAUUCUCAGAAAAAUGGAGGAUACCGUGACAGAGAUCCAAGUGAAAGAAGAAGACGAUAAAAUGCAUUCUGAAGAUGAUGAAGAAUUUGAAGGAGAAGACAAUGAGGUAAAACUGUCCACAGAUUUAAGCCAAGAAGACGUGGGUAACAUGCACCAGGCAGCUGUGCAAAGGGAUGAUGCAGUUACAGUGACACAGGAAGAAGGUGUCUUACAGCUGAACGAGUCUGCCGAGAGACCUACACAAGUUGAAGAGGACUUAGUCAGUGAAGGAGAAGCUGAGGCUGAGGAGGAAACGGUGAGCAGGAUGGAACGAGAUAUUCUCAGAAAAAUGGAGGAUACCGUGACAGAGAUCCAACUGAAAGAAGAAGACGAUAAAAUGCAUUCUGAAGAUGAUGAAGAAUUUGAAGGAGAGGACAAUGAGGUAAAACUGUCCACAGAUUUGAGCCAAGAAGACGUGGGUAGCAUGCACCAGGCAGCUGUACAAAGGGAUGAUGCAGUUACAGUGACACAGGAAGAAGGUGUCUUACAGCUGAACGAGUCUGCCGAGAGGCCUACACAAGUUGAAGAGGACUUGGUCAGUGAAGGAGAAGCUGAGGAUGAGGAGGAAAUGGUGAGCAGGAUGGAACCAGAUAUUCUCAGAAAAAUGGAGGAUACCGUGACAGAGAUCCAAGUGAAAGAAGAAGACGAUAAAAUGCAUUCUGAAGAUGAUGAAGAAUUUGAAGGAGAAGACAAUGAGGUAAAACUGUCCACAGAUUUAAGCCAAGAAGACGUGGGUAACAUGCACCAGGCAGCUGUACAAAGGGAUGAUGCAGUUACAGUGACACAGGAAGAAGGUGUCUUACAGCUGAACGAGUCUGCCGAGAGACCUACACAAGUUGAAGAGGACUUAGUCAGUGAAGGAGAAGCUGAGGCUGAGGAGGAAACGGUGAGCAGGAUGGAACGAGAUAUUCUCAGAAAAAUGGAGGAUACCGUCACAGAGAUCCAACUGAAAGAAGAAGACGAUAAAAUGCAUUCUGAAGAUGAUGAAGAAUUUGAAGGAGAGGACAAUGAGGUAAAACUGUCCACAGAUUUGAGCCAAGAAGACGUGGGUAGCAUGCACCAGGCAGCUGUACAAAGGGAUGAUGCAGUUACAGUGACACAGGAAGAAGGUGUCUUACAGCUGAACGAGUCUGCCGAGAGGCCUACACAAGUUGAAGAGGACUUGGUCAGUGAAGGAGAAGCUGAGGAUGAGGAGGAAACGGUGAGCAGGAUGGAACCAGAUAUUCUCAGAAAAAUGGAGGAUACCGUGACAGAGAUCCAAGUGAAAGAAGAAGACGAUAAAAUGCAUUCUGAAGAUGAUGAAGAAUUUGAAGGAGAAGACAAUGAGGUAAAACUGUCCACAGAUUUAAGCCAAGAAGACGUGGGUAACAUGCACCAGGCAGCUGUACAAAGGGAUGAUGCAGUUACAGUGACACAGGAAGAAGGUGUCUUACAGCUGAACGAGUCUGCCGAGGGACCUACACAAGUUGAAGAGGACUUAGUCAGUGAAGGAGAAGCUGAGGCUGAGGAGGAAACGGUGAGCAGGAUGGAACCAGAUAUUCUCAGAAAAAUGGAGGAUACCGUCACAGAGAUCCAACUGAAAGAAGAAGACGAUAAAAUGCAUUCUGAAGAUGAUGAAGAAUUUGAAGGAGAGGACAAUGAGGUAAAACUGUCCACAGAUUUGAGCCAAGAAGACGUGGGUAGCAUGCACCAGGCAGCUGUACAAAGGGAUGAUGCAGUUACAGUGACACAGGAAGAAGGUGUCUUACAGCUGAACGAGUCUGCCGAGAGGCCUACACAAGUUGAAGAGGACUUGGUCAGUGAAGGAGAAGCUGAGGAUGAGGAGGAAACGGUGAGCAGGAUGGAACCAGAUAUUCUCAGAAAAAUGGAGGAUACCGUGACAGAGAUCCAAGUGAAAGAAGAAGACGAUAAAAUGCAUUCUGAAGAUGAUGAAGAAUUUGAAGGAGAAGACAAUGAGGUAAAACUGUCCACAGAUUUAAGCCAAGAAGACGUGGGUAACAUGCACCAGGCAGCUGUACAAAGGGAUGAUGCAGUUACAGUGACACAGGAAGAAGGUGUCUUACAGCUGAACGAGUCUGCCGAGGGACCUACACAAGUUGAAGAGGACUUAGUCAGUGAAGGAGAAGCUGAGGCUGAGGAGGAAACGGUGAGCAGGAUGGAACCAGAUAUUCUCAGAAAAAUGGAGGAUACCGUCACAGAGAUCCAACUGAAAGAAGAAGACGAUAAAAUGCAUUCUGAAGAUGAUGAAGAAUUUGAAGGAGAGGACAAUGAGGUAAAACUGUCCACAGAUUUGAGCCAAGAAGACGUGGGUAGCAUGCACCAGGCAGCUGUACAAAGGGAUGAUGCAGUUACAGUGACACAGGAAGAAGGUGUCUUACAGCUGAACGAGUCUGCCGAGAGGCCUACACAAGUUGAAGAGGACUUGGUCAGUGAAGGAGAAGCUGAGGAUGAGGAGGAAACGGUGAGCAGGAUGGAACCAGAUAUUCUCAGAAAAAUGGAGGAUACCGUGACAGAGAUCCAAGUGAAAGAAGAAGACAAUAAAAUGCAUUCUGAAGAUGAUGAAGAAUUUGAAGGAGAAGACAAUGAGGUAAAACUGUCCACAGAUUUAAGCCAAGAAGACGUGGGUAACAUGCACCAGGCAGCUGUACAAAGGGAUGAUGCAGUUACAGUGACACAGGAAGAAGGUGUCUUACAGCUGAACGAGUUGGCCGAGAGACCUACACAAGUUGAAGAGGACUUAGUCAGUGAAGGGUCGUGUGAUGAGUCAGAAGAUGAGCCAGUUUUGACUGGACAAGAGGAUGUAAUAGUUCAUAGAGGUGAAAGUGAUGACCACGAGGAGGAGAAGAGCUCACUGUACGAUAGGGAGCAGAAAGAAAAUAUUAGUGAGGCUACAGACACUCAGACAACUGAUGGAGUCCCAGAACAGGAAGAGGACUUCAUAACAGUAGACUGUAAAGAAGAAAAGUUUGUCACUGAAGACGUUACAUACAGUGAAAAAGAAGUCUUGGAGACCACAGACCAAGAGGAUGUGGUGGCCACUGAGAAGCAAACCAGUGAGGAAGUACAUGGGACUUUUGUUGAAGUGGGAGGGGUGAACUUCUCCAGUGAAGCAGACGUGAGAGAAAGUUACAUGGAAAUACCAUGUACACCCACCUCAGUUACAGUAAUACCCGAGGGCGAGACUGGACAGGAAAUAAGUGGCGAGUUUAAAAAUAUUCCUCAGGGAGUAUGCGAAGGCCAGGUUGUUGUGUCGCAGGAGCCGAAUACUCCAACAUGUGAGGAAACACAAGAGGGAGUUCCUGAAUACAACAAUGAGCCUGGGCCAGACGAGAACUCAACACAAUGGUUCCUGGAAGAUGACGAGGAAACCCGGACCACUCAGUUACCAGAAGAGGAGGAGAGCAAAGCACAGGAGGGUCUUGAAAACAGCGUCUGUGGCACUGGAGCUGACUAUGUACUGGAGAGGCAGCCUAUGGAAGAGAAACAAGAAGAUAUAAAAAAGAGCUUUGAUUUAGUUGUGGAGGAACACACUGCCCUUAUUGAUACGCCAUCGCUAAAAGAAGAAGAGGAGCCACUCACUGAAGUAGUAAUUCAAGAAUCAGAAGAUUUAUUUAAGGAAGAAGGAGGAAACUUAUUGGAACGCUCAAUGAAGACUGAGAUAAACCCAUUUGGGAUACACGUUGGCUUAGACGAUGAGGCUGGUAAGACAACAGACGAGCUGCAAGAUGGAGCUGGAGAGCUGUUUGAUUUUGGAACAGGUGAAGGGGAUUCAAAAGACGUGGCUGGAGGGGGCUUUGAGAUGAAGGAAACUUUAGCUGCAGAAGAAGAAGAAGAAGAAGACAUGGUCACUGAUGACAAUUUUAAAUUCCUUCAGCCCAAAGGACAGAAGAUGACCGAGAGCAGCUUCUUUCAGGAAUUAGCACAUGCCAUACACGCAGAGGAAAACAGUAACAGUUUGCUAGAUGACGUGACUGGGUUGACACACUCUGUUGAGAUUGAACCUAAAUUACUGGAUGAUAGUACUGUAGAAACAGAAAAUGCAGGGAUAUGUACAACAGGACAUGGUUUUAGAGAUGAUGAGGAGGAAGCAGAAGAUGAAAUGCAGAACAAAGAUGAGAUGGAAAGCUCACAUCUGCAGGAAGCAGCAGUUGAACUAAUCACAGAAAGGAAAGAAAAGGAGAACAAUUUGAUUGUGCAAUCUGAAUCAUCUGGAACCUUUGAAACACAGGAGGCAAAAAAUCAAUUCCCAAACAGAGCACUUGAGAUAAGUGACAAGAUGAUAACAGUCACUGAAGCUGCUGAUGAAUCAAAGACGGCCGAGUCCACACCAAAAGAUCUGCCUUCAAUCUCAGUGGAAGUGGAAAUGCCAACACGUGAGGCAGCAACAGAGGGCAGCUACACGGGAGGAACAAGCAGUGGACAUCAAGAUGUGAUUGAUGAAGAAAUUCUAGACUUGUGGAUAGAGGCAGCAAUGUCAGAGGACACUGAUGACAUUAAAAAACAAGCAGAGUCUGAACAAGAAGUGGACACCAAAACAGACCCAUUAAAUGAGGAAGAAGGAGAAAUGACAUUAGAAAAGGAGACAGAGCAGCUAAUGGAGUCAUGUUCUGGAGAGGCUGCAUUAGUAAGUGACAUAGAAAUGUCUUCAUCAACUGUAGAGUCUGGAUUUUCCGAUCAAUCUUUCAGUGAAACUCAGCUACUGAAAUCAACGAGCGCUGGUUCACUUCAAGAUAUACAUGAUAUGUGGCCUGAUAUGUCAGAAUCAGUGGACAUGUCUGAGUCUUCUGCACAGCAACCUCAGGAUGUGUCUGUAUCUCUGGAUGUAUUGAUGGAGCAAACAGCUGAGGCAGCACAGUCCUCUCUGAAAGCCAAAGAAUCAAUCACCGAGACAGGAACUUACCCCGAUUCAGGAGUUACCUCACCUGAGGUGAGACAGCUAAAUCAAGAUAAACCACGUGGAGAAACAGCCGAGGAGCGUGUUGAAUCAGCAGAGAGUGACACUGGAACACAGAGGAAGGUUAAUGUGGAGGUGACGGAUCAAGCAGAGGAGACCGACUGGAAAUAUACAGGAGAGGUGGAUGUUACCUGCCUGACAGACACGAGCGCCAUUUUCCAAGUGAAUGAAACAACAGUUGAACCUCUUGAUAUAAUCGUGUCUGAGUCUUCAGAUGUGAUCCAACACGUUAAACCAGGUCAUUCCAGAAGUGGCUCUGAAGCUUCAUUAGAGGAGGGAAUCAUGUUGUCAGAAGCUCAUUCACAAGAUGACAAGCUGAGCGAACCAGAGAAGAAGUUGCCGUCACUGGAUGAACCACAACCUGGAUCGCUAGAAGAUACUGUUGAAUCAUUAUCUGAGCUAAAUCGAGCUGAAGUGUCACAAGAAACAGUGACAACGUCUGAAGAUCAACAUGAGGUGGAUAGCCUCUUUGAGGUGGAUGCCCUUCUUCUGGACCUCGCUGUGCAAAGGUCACGCAUUGCUGUCAAAAACCCUCGUAUAAGGCCACCCAAAGAUCCCCGCUCCCUGAUCCAUAAGCCAUCAGUGGAACCCACUCCGUCUCCACGUGUGCCCGUCAAAGUUCCUGGAGGUGUACCUUUAGGAGGCCUGGGUAUUGGAAUAAAGCUGCCAGGGCUUGGUGCGGGUUUUCCUGUUUUAAAAAAGACACAGCGGCUGGUUAAAGAUGAAAAUGAAACUGUUUCACAGCAGGAAACAGAGAAAAAGCCAGAGGAGAAGAGUGAAGCUGCCAAACAGGAAGAGGCUCCACGCAAACCUAAGUGGAUGCCACCAGGACAUGCAGGAUUUGGAAAUCCGCUUAUGUCUGAGCUGAAGACCAAACUCAAGAAAACCACGAAAGAAUGAGAGUGGUUGUAGUGCUGUGUGAGUGAGUGAGUGAGUGAGUGAGUGAGUGAGUGAGUGAGUGAGUGAGUGAGUGAGUGAGUGAGUGAGUGAGUGAGUGAGUGAGUGAGUGAGUGAGUGAGUGAGUGAGUGAGUGAGUGAGUGAGUGAGUGAGUGAGUGAGUAUAAAAUGAAUAUGGCUUUAUUUUUGUUGAGCAAACUGAAUAUAAUGAUGAGUUGUCUAUCAUGUCACUUACUUGACUGGUGUUUAUCUUUUUUAAUAAAGCAUAACUGAAAAAGGAAUGCCCUUUUCCUUUGUGCAAAAAGGAA